UCCCUGAGCCACUGUACAGUUCCCGUUGCUUCCAGAGAGGUCGCAGGAGUGGAGCAACACCACCACUCCUUUCAGCCCCGGGGUGAAAAUUUGAGGACCCUUAAGCCCCGUUCACACUGUGCCGACUCUGGGCCACGACAACCCAGCGACUCGGGGUAUACGAGGUCUUGGGUGUGAAAGGGUCGCACAUCGUCGGAAAGAGGUCUAGAAACGAUCGCCGGAUGCUAAUUCAGUACAGUGUGAAGGGGGCCUAAAAGUUGCUGGGUUGUCAUGGCCCAGAGUCGGCAGAGUGUGAAUGGCACACUCCACCCUCGUAUUCAUACCUCACGGCUUGAACAAUAUGGCAGCCAAUUUGACAGCUAAGACCACGAAAACUGGCUUCACUCGCCAGUACAGCGCGCUCGGUGCUGUGGGCUUCUCCACCCUUAUUACCUCCAUGGCCGCACUACAUUACCACCUGUCAUCCUCGUCCAUGUAGCUAUCCAGUCUACUUUUAAAGAAACCUAUCAUCCCUGCACUCACUAUGUGAUUGCUUAGUCUAUUCCAUUCCCCCACAACCCUAUUACUAAACCAAAGCUUGCCUAUUUCCCUCCUAAAUCAAUACUUUUCUAAUUUAAAUCCAUUACUGCAUGUUCUAUCCUGCUGGCUAAUUCUCAGUACUUUACUUAUAUCGCCUUUCUUGUAACCCUUGACCCAUUUGAAUACUUCUAUCAGAUCUCCCCGCACUCUUCGUCUUUCUAGUGAAUGUAAGUUGAGAUGUUUCAGCCUAUCUUGAUAUGGGAGGUUCCUCAGUCCCUGAAUCAUCUUGGUCAUCCUCCUCUGAACUGAUUCUAGCAAGUUGAUGUCCAUUCUGUAGUGUGGGCACCAAAACUGGACAGCAUAAUCCAGUUUUGGUGCCCACACUACAGAAUGGACAUCAACUUGCUGGAAAGUAAGCAAAGUAAAUACUUACAAUAUGGAUUAUUUUUAGUCUCUGAAUGCAGUGCAGUAACAAAUGACUUCCAGAAAAUAUAAGGGAGGUUGUGGGAGGCGAAGACCCCCCGUGAAGGGAGCCGAGAUGGUCGAAGCCCCCCCCCCCCCCAUUCAACAGGUUAUGUAAGGCUAGAUUAGUUUAAAUUUAUUCAGCAUGCAGUGUGGGCUGGUGGAAAUGCACAGCGUGGAAUGGGACAAGGCGCCAGCAGGAGUGGUCUGCCGUGAAGAUGAAUGGCCAACACUGUGGCAUACAUCGUCAGUCCAUCAUGACCCGGGAUCCAUUUAUAAACUAACAGAAACCCAUCUUGACGUGACAGAUAAUAAUCUACAACCCCUAAAAUACUUUAACAGACUUUUGGGCCAGUCCAGUAAGAGGGGAUUUUCAGAACAAGUUUGAGACUGGCCAGAGCAGAGUGAUGGACCACCACAAAGAGCAGUCGGAGAGUCAGCUGAAAGAUACAAGCAAGCAAGCUGCCACACCACUGCCACAAAUGAGUCAGGCAGCUGAGGAGGAGGAUCCCCUGGAGGCUACACAAGAGGAGAAACUGUUCCAUGUCCUACAGCCUCUCCAUUUUUUUGAACCCAAGAAUGAACAGCAGCCUCUCCACUUCCCAGAACCCAACAAUGAACUGACAACCAAAACAGAUCAAGACUUUAUAAUUGAACAAAAUGUUUCACGAUUCUUACCCAAGAGAUUUGUACGAUACUUUGCGGCACCUAAAUCAAGUGUUUCCAGUGAUUUAAUUUUAACAUCACAAUUCUUACCCAAGAGAUUUGUACGAUACUUUGCGGCACCUAAAUCAAGUGUUUCUGGUGACCUAACUUACAAUACAAUUACUUUUAGACCUGUAAAUGAGGAUGUGAAUGAUUUGUAUGGUGCAUCAGAGCAUUUAACAACUCCCAUACCUGACAUUUCCUCUGUUGAGUUAUAUGAUGACAGCGCCACUUUCCAACCCCAAUCAAAUCUUCCCAGUGACUUAACAUACAACGCAGAUCCUCUAAACCCAAAAUACGAGGAUGUAAAUGAUUCCAGUGGUGCAUCAGAGCAUUUAACAACUCCCGUACCUGACGUUUCCUCGGUUGAAUUGUAUGACGACAGCACUACUUUCCAACCUAUUUUCUGUGAUGUGAUAGAGGAAAGGCAGCAGGAACCAGUGGCUAAGGAGGAGGGAGAGACUAAGAGGGAUGCCGUUUCCUAUGCUGAAUUAGAUGAUUGUCACAGUGUUCCUUUCCAGCCCAUUUUCUGUGAUGUAAAAGAAUGGCAGACUAAGGCUCGUCGAAACAAAAGAGGGAGAGACAAGGGAACAGACGAGGGAGAGGAACAGAUUAAAAAGACUCGGGUUUAUAAAAGAAAAAGAGGCAAGAAAACAGAGGACGGAGAGAAACAGACAAAGAAAGCAACAAGAGGGAAGAGAAAAAAAGGUGAGAAAACAGCUGUAAAGAGAGAGAACCAAACUAAGGAGGCUUCAGGCUGGAAAAGACCCAAGGACAAGAGGACACAGAGGGUAGAGGACAUGCCUAGAUGUGAGGAGUGUGGGAAAGUUUUCACGCAAAAGAGGAACCUGAUCCGCCAUCGCUCCCUGCACAACCAAGAAAAGCCAUACCUGUGCCAAGAGUGUGGGAAGAAGUUCGCCAAGUCCUACUACCUCAAGAACCACCUCCUUACCCACUCCAACACCAAGAACCACCACUGCGCUGACUGUGGCUCGUCCUUCACCACCAAGAGCGACCUUAACAAGCACGCCAGGAUUCACAGCCUCAAUAGGGACUACGAGUGUCACAUCUGCUACAUGACUUUCUACCGCAAGGACAUACUCAACCAACACCUGCUCUCCCACAACAGUCAGCAAGUGCAUGUCUGUGAGGAGUGUGGGAAGCAGUUCACCUUGGAGAAGUACCUCACCUUACACAUGCUGGUGCACACGCGGAUGAAGCACUACACCUGCGAGACCUGCAGCCGAGAGUUCUCCCGCAAGUCAGACCUCAACCGCCAUAAACGCAUACACCAGGAGGACAAACGCUUCACAUGCGACAUCUGUGGCAGGAAAUUCAGAGCCAAGUACACUCUGAAGAACCACAUCAGAACCCACCUGUACGGAACUAAAGACCUGGAGUGUGGAGCUAAAGACCUGGAGUGUGGAACUAAAGACCUGGAGUGUGAGGUGUGUGACAUGAGGUUUGACAAAGCCAACACCUUAAAAGUACACAAGGCAAAGAUCCACUUCAUCUAGCUAGGCUGUCUGCCCCAUCAGGAAGUGCUGAGUGUGGUGCUGUUCACAAAGGGAGUCAGGAAUCUCUUCUCAUGAUCAUUUUCAUCUCAAUUUUUUGGGUGAAUUUCAGUUUGUUUGAAACAUCAUGUACAACCUACAUGAAAAUUUGUAACACAUAUACCUAUAUAUUUUUACACAGGAAUCAUUGAAAAAAAUUAUCUCAAGAAUCAUUCCUUAAGUUACGUCUUAGUCAUUAACAAUCGGCAGAAAUACUUUAGACCUAAGGAUAAUUUAUUCCGUACAAUAUUACCUUAUUUAUUUUUUCCAAUUUAUAUAUAAUACUAUUUUGUACCUAAAAAUAAAUUGCAUUUUGUAAUA